AUGGCAACAUCAAGUGUGGCUCCAGCGGGUAGCGAGUCUAUAACGUACAGCUCUGGUGCCAAACCAGGAGUUCCAGACCUGCGCCUGCUUCACUACAACGACGUCUAUCACGUCGAGCCCGGAAGCCGCGAGCCCGUGGGUGGGAUUGCACGUUUCAAGACAUUGUGCGAUUAUUACCAGUCGGAGCAGAAUUUCCCAGGUCAGCCGGGACUGUUGACCUUCUUCUCCGGCGAUGCCUUCAAUCCCUCCCUGGAGAGUUCCGUCACCAAAGGCAAGCACAUGCUCGGCGCUCUCAACACCCUCAACACCACCGUCGCGUGUCUCGGAAACCAUGACUUGGACUUUGGCGUCGAGCAAUUCCGAUAUCUUUCCGACAGGUGUAAUUUUCCCUGGCUGUGCGCCAAUGUCCUGGACCCCGCGCUCGGCGAGGAUAUUCCUCUCGGUCAUUGCAAGCGGACUGUGAUGCUGGAGAGCUCCAAUGGGAUUAAAAUUGGAGUGGUGGGUGUUGUGGAACGGGAAUGGCUGGAUACAAUCAACACUCUACCGCCCAAUCUGCGCUAUCUCAGUGCUUCCGCCACCGUGGCAGAACUGGCUCCCAAGUUGAGAGCCGAGGGUGCCGAAAUGGYCAUUGUCGUCUCUCAUCAGCGACAGCCCAAUGAUGACAAGCUUGCCUCGAAGUUGGAGCCUGGCACCAUUGACCUGAUCUUGGGAGGCCAUGAUCACUUCUAUGCUCACUCCAUCAUCAAUGGGACGCAUGUGCUGCGCUCAGGGUCGGACUUCAAACAGCUUUCCUAUCUUGAGUGUAGGCGUAAAUCGGAUGGAUCCAAAGGGUGGGAUGUGGUUAUCCUGAGGCGCGAUGUCGUCGGCGCUAUCCCCGAGGAGUCAUCUGCAGUUGAGAUGGUGCAGAAGAUCACCGCUGGUCUGAUGUCUAAGCUGGAGAAGCCGAUUGGCUAUACUCUGGCCCCCUUGGAUGCCCGAUUCACAACCGUUCGAUUGAAGGAGUCCAACAUGGGUAACUUUGUCUGCGAUCUGAUGCGCUUCCACUACGCAACCGACUGCUGCAUCAUGGCCUCGGGCACCAUCCGAGGGGACCAGAUCUAUCCGCCGGGAGUGUUGAAGGUCAAAGAUGUAUUGAAUUGCUUCCCCUUUGAGGAUCCUUGCGUGGUCGUUGCAUUGAAGGGUGAGUGUAUCCUGAAAGCUUUGGAAAAUGGCGUCUCCAAAUACCCAGCGCUGGAAGGACGCUUCCCGCAAAUGUCCGGCAUCACCAUGACAUUCGAUCCCACAUUGGAAGCUGGGAAGAGAUGCAGUCAUGUCCGGAUUGGGAAUGAACCACUUGUCCUGGAUCGCGAGUAUACGCUUGCCACGAGAGAUUACAUGGUCCGAGGCAAAGAUGGCUUMACCAGUUUGAUGCUUGAAGAAGAAGAAGGGGGAACGGCACGUAGUAUCGUCAGCGAUGAGAAUGGCCUGCUCAUCAGUAUGAUCCUGCGGCAGUAUUUCAUGAGUCUGCAGGCUUUGGGGAAGUGGAAAGGGAAGGGGAGGAGGAAGUGGGGAGCUCCGAUGGGGAGGCAUUGGGAGAAGGUCCAUGAGGGCAUGCAUGGCGGUGUUGAUGUUGUGCAGCCGCCUUCAUCUUCACGAGACGGAGAAGCAGAAGUGUCGUCGUCGUCGAGUCCCAUACGUUCCAAGGAAGAGGAAGAACAAGUUCAAUUCGACAGAAACCGACGCGCUUCACUUGUUACGAGAGCACAGCGGCAACGMAAGGAAGAUCUACUGCGAAAGACAUCACCCACCUCGACUUCGGAAAGCGAAGAUGAUGAUGAUKACGAUGAUGAUACUUUGGAAGAUCCUCGUACUCAGGAGAGAAGACUUGUCCUCAUGCGAAAAGUCAUGAGAAAGUGGUGGCGGCUCGCGGGAUUAAAACAUUCUCCAAAUAUGGUCGAGGAGGAAAAGGAGGAGAGGAAGCAGCAAAAAGGCGACGUGGAGGAGGAGGAAUUCGGGGGCGUCUUGUGGACCAAGGGAGUUUGUCCUAGAGUUGAGGGAAGAAUUUUGAUGGUUGGGGGGAGCUCUUAG